AGAAUCGGUUAAUCAGGCCUGAGUGCGGUGGAGCGUGGAAGUGUGCGCACGCAAUGUCGCUAUUUUAAACUCGUUUUUGGAAAUCUGUGAAUAAAUGGUUUCCAGAGGACUGUUUCCGAGCUUCGCUUGUGUUCUGAGCUCGUCUUUGGGACUCAGUGUGUGGGGAUUUAGGAAUUAGAGAGUAGAUCUUGGGUAGAUGAGUAGCAGUAGGACUCAAAAUAAAAGGCGGCCUUUCUGCAGAAGGUAAAAAGGAAAAAGAUGAAAGGAGCAACAAUAAAGCGCGCUGUGUUUGAAAGCGGAACCUUUUGCGACAUUGUGGCUUUAAGACAUGUUUGUUUGCUGCGGUCACGUUUUUAAAUCCAAAAAAUGAGGAAAAAAAAGCUCAUGUUUUAUUGAAUUUGCGGUGAUUGUUUUGGCUUGGGCAUGUAGAUGAUUGCAUUAGUGUGUGUGGUUGGUUUGUUUGGCUUUCAAGCCGGUUUUGACUGCAGCGUGUGAUCAAGUAUUUUGUAGGCUAGUUGUGUGUCUUUGUUGUAAGCUCUACAGACAUAAGACUUGAAUAUAGACAACAUUGCUGUCUUACAGAUCUGUACGUAUCCGUGUCUUGGUAAGAAGAAUUGUGUGUUUAACAUCUAUAGUAUAAAGCUUAAUUACAGGACAUUGUCCUAUACUGUCUGUGUGCUCCCUAUUGGACAUAUAGUGCACUGCAUAGGGUGGAGAAGCCUUGACAGGAGCCUUCAAGGGCUUUCCUGCUAUAAUUGUCCUCCUUAUUAUAAAGAAAUCACCGGUGUGUGCGCGUGCGUGCAACAGCCCUGCGCUCCAGCAUGUAGACGCCUCCUCUUGUAGUCUUCGCCAAUGAAAAUGGAGGAGACGGCCCUGUCCGGCAUGGACAACAGCAAAAUGGAGGGCAUUGCUCAGGAGAUCCUCUCCGAUCUGGUGGAGGAUGCAUGUCUGGGGCUUUGCUUCGAAGUUCACCGGGCCGUCAAACAAGGCUACUUCUUCCUGGAUGAUACGGACCAGGAGAGCAUGAAGGACUUCGAAAUUGUGGACCAGCCCGGAGUGGACAUCUUUGGCCAGGUGUAUAACCAGUGGAAGAAUAAGGAGUGUGUGUGUCCUAACUGCAGCCGGAGCAUCGCCGCCUCACGCUUUGCCCCUCACCUGGAGAAGUGCCUGGGCAUGGGUCGCAACAGCAGCCGCAUCGCCAACCGCAGGAUAGCCAGCGGCAACAACACAAACAAAUCUGAGAGCGAUCAGGAGGACAAUGAUGAUGUUAACGACAACGACUGGUCCUAUGGGGCAGAAAAGAAAGCCAAGAAGAGAAAGGCAGAUAAGGUAUUUUUACGUUCUUUGAAACAUCCUGCUUUAUUGAAUCCAAAUUCACCAAGACGAUCCAAAUCACUAAAACACAAAAGCACCAAAGAUCUGUCUUCGUCCUUCAGCUUCGCUGGAUCCUAAGCAGGGCCCGGAAUGAAGUUGUUGCUAGGAGACAGGUUUCCACAGCAACGUCUUUAAGAGCUACCCACGAUGCCUCACCAUAACGAUGGAAUGAGGAACUAAUCAGCGUCGAUUCUUCAUUCAGUUUACACAACUGUUCUGUCAUGUUGGUUUUUUUUUUUCCUGGAGUAUUUGCACAAUAAAUCGAUGUCUGUGUUGAUCAUGUAGCUGCAACCCUCAGCAGCAUGAUGUAACCGAUCAGCAGGAAGAGUUAAGGACACCAGCAGGCAGAAGUAGCUGAGUGAAGGGUUGCUUAUGUACUACUUCUACUCCUGGAACGAUUUUCGAAUGGCUGAGAGAACAAAGAGUGAUCAAAAUCAACCUUGAUGCUGCUUAUUUCACUUAUUUUGGGAUUUAAUCACGUUUUUCACCAGAACCAAGAUUCAGAAAGACUGAACAAUACAUUGAGCUUGGACUAUGAGUAAUUAUGAUCAUGUUAUUAUACCAGAAACCAAACUAUUAAGGACUGUCUGGCAACUUGAAACACAUACAUAUUGCUCUUUAGAGAAUGAAUGAAAGCAAAUUCUCAUUUUCCUCCAGUUCCUCCCCCCCAUCUGUGUACAGUGUAAAGGAAUUCUGUGUCUUGGCUAUGUUGUAACUGUACAUAUAUUUGACUUGUUGGGGAAAAUGCUGCUACACUGGCCAUGAGCCACAUACUUGCAGGCAUGUCACAUGUAAUAAACAAACAUGACUCAG